UUUGCCCUUACUAGUCAUGGCGCUGGCCAGUGUGUUGGAGAGCUCGCUACCGGUGAACCGGCCAGGGUUUUUCGGACUCGGAGGUCGUGCAGAUCUGUCGGACCUGGGUCCAGGUAGUCCCAGUGAUGAGCUGAACCUGGCCGCGCCCAGCUGGGGUGCCCCAGAGGAGCCGAGAAUCGAAAUACUUCAUGGAACCACCACCCUGGCCUUCAAGUUUCAACAUGGAGUCAUUGUUGCAGCGGACUCCCGGGCCACAGCAGGUGCCUACAUUGCCUCCCAGACAGUAAAGAAGGUGAUAGAGAUCAACCCCUACCUGCUAGGCACCAUGGCGGGGGGCGCAGCAGACUGCAGUUUCUGGGAGCGGCUGUUGGCUCGGCAGUGUCGAAUCUAUGAGCUUCGAAACAAGGAACGCAUCUCAGUAGCAGCUGCCUCCAAGCUGCUCGCCAACAUGGUGUAUCAGUAUAAAGGCAUGGGGCUGUCCAUGGGCACCAUGAUCUGUGGCUGGGAUAAGAGAGGCCCUGGCCUCUACUACGUGGACAGUGAAGGAAAUCGGAUCUCGGGGGUAACCUUCUCUGUAGGUUCUGGCUCUGUGUAUGCAUAUGGGGUCAUGGAUCGGGGUUACUCCUAUGACCUAGAGGUGGAAGAGGCCUAUGAUCUGGCCCGUCGAGCCAUCUACCAAGCCACCUAUAGAGAUGCCUAUUCAGGAGGCUCCGUUAACCUCUAUCAUGUCCGUGAGGAUGGCUGGAUCCGAGUCUCCAGUGAUAACGUAGCUGAUCUACAUGAAAAGUACAGUGGAUCUACCCCCUGAAGGAGGGUGGAUGUAGUGCUUGCGUUUCUUAGGGUGACUGUUGUUGGUAAUAUGGGUACAGUUCCCCAUUCUAUAAUGGAGGGGUUCCAAAUUGUAUCGAUUGUUUUUUAAGCUCUGGGGCAUUGACAAUUGUUAAUGAGUUGCUGCAGAGAUGAUGGUUGGUUUUCCUUUCUUUGGAUGUUAACAUUACACUACUCGACCUCA